GGGGGGCGACGAAUGAAAUGUGACCCCUCGCCACUGUGGAGCUCGGAAGCUUGCUGGGCAGAUCGCAUCCAUCCAUCGCGGCUUGCCGACCACAGAAGUUAUUCGCGUGUUGGAGAGGAGGUCCCGGGGGAGCAGCGAGCGAGCGCUUUGUCUGCGCUCGGCGUCGGCUGCGGAUCGCGAGUCCUGUCGACUGGGAUUCGCAGGCUCGGACGACCUGGCUAGAAGGCGGGUCCUUCGAUCGGGACCCCCUUCGUUUCUCGUCCCCUCCCCUCCCCUGCCCUCGGGCCCUCCGGCGCUCAUGGUUCCGAGGCCGGGACGUGAAGAGCGCAGCACAGCACCAUCGCCUCUGCGGCACCUGCCGACGACGAGCGCAGUGAUUCUGGUGCAGACCGAGUGAGCUCUUCCGUCUCCAUUUGGCCACAGGGGAGAGCGAGAUUCGCACUCACUGUUCGUCGGGGAGGCGCGGUUUUGCGUCCACUCCUCAGAAGUUUUUCGUGCUCGCUGCGACUGGGGCUGGAAUCUGAUCUAUAAUCUAAACAUCGGGUGCGGGUGCGGGGGCUCGUGUGGGUGUGGGUGCCAUCGUCUAGCCGGCCGGCCAGCCAGCCAGCCUGCAUCUCGCAUCUUCCUCCUUCGGGCUGUGCUCGGCCUCGAUUUUCCCCUUCCUCUUCCUCAACUUCGUGGCCGCCCCGCACUCCGCCUCUGGUCUGCUCGUCGUCCCGUCGCAGAUUUCACGAUCUCCAGCCGUUUCGCAUGUAGAUCUCUCGUGAUCUACCUUCAGCCUGUGGCCUGGCUGUUGGUAUUACUUGUCCGUAGGUCAUUCCUUCUCUUCUUCUGAGACUCAGGCGCUCGGGCAUUUACUCGAGGACUCGAAUCCAUCGAUCUCAUCGGCGAUCGGCAGGGAGCGAGGUUGGGUAGCAGCAGCAGCAGGAGGAGGUCGAGCAAGCAAGCGAGCAAGCGCCGAGCAGCAGAUGAAGCGCGAGGGCCGAAUGCCCGGCUCGCUCGUGAGGCUGCGCAAGCAGCAGCAGCAGCAACAGGGCGAUGGCGUGAAGGCGCCCACGAAGCCCAGCAGCCACUCGAGAAUGACCGGCAGGUGUGCGGGGAACAAGUCGCGCUGCCUGGUGUGCCCCGUGGGGCAACCGGCGCACAGGGCUGCGGGGAAGGCCAAGGCCGAGCCCAAGGCCGCGGACAACCGGCUGGACGAGUGGCGAGUCUGCUACUCGGCGCCCUCGUCCGAGAGCUCGUCGUUCCAUGGCGACGAGUUCGAGCACUUCAGCGACUACGAGGAGUCGGCGACCGAGGACGAGGACGAGCUCGAGGCCUCGGCCACCAGCUCCGACGAGGCGAGGGAAAAUCUGCAGCGGACCUCGGACAUGGUUCUCCCGAUCCAGAGCUUCCUGCGCACCGUGCGAAGAGUUCGCAGGCUGCCCCCCGUCCGCGAGGUGGCCUCGGAGGAGGACGAGGACGAGGACGACAAGUCCGUGGCUGACAGCGACUCCAGCUGGUCCGAGGUCGAGCGCUGUUGUGCGGAUCUCGAUGACUGGUUCGUCGUGGGUUGACGACGACCGCCACAUGCCCCCGUCGGAGUGAGUAGCGUAGGUCGGAUGUUUGUUGAUUUUGCACGAAUAAGAAACGAGUCGUACCCUCACCAUCGAUCGUCGGACGCGAUGAAGAAGACGGCGGAGAAGAAAUUUCCCACGCAGGAGGAGAAUGCCCCACAGCGCGAGAGUAACGGUGAGAUGCGAUGAAUGAGAACAGGCGAGCUGAGAGGUAGUAGAUUCGAGCCACCAAUUCACUGAUUGCCGGAGCGGCCUCCCUGUGUUUGAUUGACGAUGAGCAGAGCAGAGCAGAAUACAGAUCCCCGGAUCUCAAAGCACAUUAUUUUUCUUUCCCUGAAUUACUUGAUUUCUGUCCACGAGAUUAUACGACUGAAUGAUUCCCACCGGGCGGAGAACAGCAAGAGUACCGACCGAAGCGGAGAAGGUAGAAUUCUCCUCUUCUCAUGUCUUCGCUCCGAUUGCAAACAAUCUAACCGAACUUCAAUCAGGAGGCAUUCGUCCAGGAGCGCCAGGUCUUUGAGAAUAGGUAGACAUUCUUCAAAGCCGGGGGUGAAAAUGAGUAACCACAGACGCCGGCAGACAAGACAGUCUUGGAUUAGUGCCGUGUUUCAGCUUCUGCAGAUUUGGAAAAUUGCAUCGUGGAGGACAGAAUUGUUCAGAAGAAAUUGAACCGAACACGAGGGAGGGAGCGAGGUGGAGGCCGACAAUGUUGACGAGGUUGAAUAGGACAGGACAGGGUCGGGCAGGGCACGAUCAACACGGAGCGGGACGGAUGAUGGAUGUAAGGGGUUUAAUUUUGGUUGAUCUCAUUUUGUCUCUGGGAGUGAGGAUUGUACAUCAGAUGAGGAGGAUUCCAGGCCUCUAAUUUUCCAGUUUCUGCGGAGUGCUUCAAGAAAACCGAUCCAGGCAUGGAUUUUUCUAUACGAGAGAGUGAGUGAGUGAGAGGUUGUGAGUAGCUUCCGGUAGCGGCUUGUGCAGCGAAACUAUGAGAGUAUGAUAUAAUCCUCGUCGAGAAGCCAAUUUUUUGGAGGAUGAUUACAGAUGAGUAUAGAGAGAAGGUGGUCACAGAGCUUUGGGAGUCGUAGAUGCACGACCAUCGUUCUCGAGGAUGUUGAUUAGUAGGUGAUCGUAGGUUGUACGUAGCUUCUUCAUUGCAGAGGAUAGAAGUUUUACCCGGGGCGGUUAGAGGUAGCGACUACUCUUCCAGUUAGAUCCAGUUGGCCCACUUCUUCAUCAUUUUGUUGAAAGAGAGCUACCCGAUUCGUGCAUCGAGAGAACAGCACUCAGGAAAGGUAUUCCGUGGAAUUUCAAGAGCGUCCAGCUCCCAAAAUUUCUCAUGUAUGCAUGCAUAUGUCACCCUCUGUUCCAACAGGGGACCUCAAAAUCAAAACUACCUAUUUUGUAC